AUGGCUUCUAUGACCAAUCCAGGAGCUUCUUCCUCCUCUUCUUCCACGCAUUCAUAUGCAUAUGAUGUCUUCCUCAGCUAUAAUAGCGAGGAUACAAGCGCCUUUACGUGCCAUUUGCACAGUGCUUUGUGUGGGAUGGGAAUUAACACCUACUUGCAUGAGGAGCUAGUUAGAGAGGAGGAAAUAUCAGCAAUAUUUCUCCAAGUAUUUGAACUAUCAAAGAUUUCCCUGAUUGUAUUCUCUGAAACUUUGGCAUCCUCAACAUGGUUGGAUCAACUUGGAGAGAUCAUUCAAUGUAGAAAAUCGAAGCAGCAAUUGGUUCUGCCGAUUUUCUACAAGGUGGAUCCGACAAAUCUACGAGAUCAUAGUGCUCUUUCAAAUAUAGCAAAUUUGUCACGUUGGUGUUUCUUGGACGGAUAUGCAUCUCAGUUCAUUCACAUGCUGGUCACGGAUAUCUCAUCCACACUAUGUAAUGGGACAUCUUUGGAUAUGGCAAUGUAUAAAGUUGGAAUGGGUCCUCGUAGACGAGAUAUGUGUAAUCUUUUAAACAUUGGGGAAAAUUCGGUCCAGGUGGUAGGAAUAUGGGGGAUUGGGGGAAUUGGCAAGACAACAAUUGCUAAAUCAGUUUAUAGUUCAAUUGCCCAUAGGUUUGAAGGAACUUGUUUUUUGGCCAAUCUUAGAGAAAAGUCAAUGCUGGAUGAAGGCCUUGUCCAACUACAAGAAACUCUACUUACUGAUAUUCUAGAGGAUAAAAGCUUGAGAGUGACCAAUGUUGAGGAAGGAAUGCAACUAAUAGAAGAGAAGUUGAGUCAGAAGAGAGUUCUCUUAGUUCUUGAUGAUGUGAAUCAGCUCAAUCAGUUAGACAAAUUAGCUCAAAGAUCCACUUGGUUUGGUUCAGGGAGUAGAAUUAUCAUCACAACAAGAGAUAGGCAUCUGCUAAAUGCUCAUCAAGUUGAAACCAUAUACAAGGUCAAGGAAUUAAAUCACGAUGAAGCUCUUGAACUCUUCAGUUGGCAUGCCUUCAGAGGACAGCCUUUUGGUGAUUAUGCAGAAAUGGCAGUGAAUGCAAUAGAGUAUGCUUAUGGUCUUCCAUUACUUUUGACAGUUUUAGGUAGUCAUCUACGUGGUAGAAGUAUAGAUGAAUGGAAAGAGACUUUGCAUUCCAAAAGAGCCCAUUACAUUGAGUUUGAAUAUGUGCUUAGACGAAGCUAUGAUGCAUUGGACGAUACUGUGAAAAUAGCUUUCCUUGACAUUGCAUGUUUCUUCAAAGGUAAAAAGAUGAAAUAUGUACAACAAAUUCUAGAAGAUUCUGGACUAGACUCUAGAAUUGCUAUUCAAACACUUGCAGAAAAGGCCCUUAUAACAAUUCAAAAUCAGCCUUUGGUUGGUAAAAUUAUUUCGAUGCAUGAUUUGAUAGAGGAAAUGGGAAGAGAUAUAGUUCACCAAGAAUCACCAAACGAACCUGGAGAGCGGAGCAGAUUGUGGUGGCACGAGGAUGUUGAUUAUGUUCAAACUUUUAAUACAGGAACAGAUAAAAUCAGAGGCAUCAAGGUAAAUUGUGCAAGACCAAAUAAAGGCUUUUCAAAUAAUAUGAAAAAUCUGAAAUGUUUUAUAAGUGGUGAUGUGUGUCUUUCUGGAGAUAUUUUACGCUUCGGCCUCUCUCGUACAUCAAGUCGUCUUUGCCACCACACGGUGGAUUGAGUUACAACCACACAACGUAGAUGAAAACAGGCCAUGGCCACCGGUGAACACGGACGGAGCUCUUCUGCUACCAGUACAAGUACCACCUUCCACUCCACUAAAUCAAACUCCUCAACGUGUCCAAGAGGAAGGCACCAGCAGCUCUACUACCAAACCCAUCGACCCAUCACUACUAGAAAAUGGGUCAAAUUGGGUGCUCUUUUAGAUGGGUGCCGUUUGCUGUUUUAGAAGACACCAUUUCUAGUUUUGUGUUUCGUUUGUUUACAUGCUACGGUAAAGCGUGACUAAUGAGAGGGUAAAAUGGACUUAGGCUUAGUCUGGGAUUGCUGUGCUGUGAGAGGAAGCAUUUCUGAUUUUGCUGUGAGAUGAAGCACUUCUGAUUUUGCUAUGACAGAAAGCAGCUAGGUGUUUGGUAAACUAUUUUUGAAAG